UAUAUUGAGUGGAACAAAGUAGAACGGUUCAGAUUUUACAGCAAGCUGAGUAUCUCCAGCUAACUAACUACCAAUAACACCCAUGUCACAGGCAUCUUUUAUUUAGUUCCACUCUCGUAAUACAUGAAAACUGCUUCAAAGGAUUCUCAGUUUACACCAGCCUUAUCCCCGUGGACCUAAAUUUCCAGAGUUCUCACUGCAUUAUAAGGAAGACCUUACUUUUCUCUCAGCUGUCCCUACAUUUCACCGCAAGAGCUCUUAAAAACCAUUUACAUCAGCUAUAAACUAUUUACUGUAUCUUGGUUCCUGCUGCAGUACUUCAUAUAAAUGGCUCAAGACAUGACAGAGAAAGAUCUGCUAAAGAUGGAAGUGGAACAGCUCAGAAAAGAGGUCAAAACUGAAAGGAUAAUGGCUUCCAAAUCAAUACCUGAAAUGAAAUCAUACAUUGAAUCCCGUAUGACGGAAGAUCUGUUGAUAAAAGGAGUCCCAGAGGACAAGAAUCCCUUUAAGGAGAAAGGUGGAUGCUUAAUAUCGUGACAAAGGGAAAGAUAACCUUCACCAUGCAACAUCCCAUACAGUAUACCAUAAAGCCAUACAGUAGAAUUCAUGUCUUACUUUUAACUAGAGCCACUACAGAAGUACGGAGAUUAUUUUCAUAUUAAAAGUUGAAAGAACUAAAAUGCAUGAUUUUGGAAAGUAGUUGGACAUCCAAAGUUUUUUUUUAAUAAUUCAUACAGUAUGUUGGUUUAUACAGAUAGAGUUGCAUGACCAAAUAAACAUUGACAGUAUAACGCUAGUUGUUUCAACAGCAA